GCGACGUCAAUGUGAUUUUUGACCAAUUAUCAAAAAUGUCAGUUUCACAACAAUAAACAAAUAAAUGGGUUAAUCGAGUUAUUAUAAUGAAAUUUACGGAACAUCUUUCAGCUCAUAUAACUCCAGAAUGGAGGAAACAGUACAUAAAUUACGAAGAAAUGAAAGCAAUGUUGUAUGCUGCUGUAGAACAAGCACCCUCAGCGGAAUUGGUUGAACCGGAAAUCUUGACGAGAUAUUUUGCAAAAUUUGAUGAGCAAUUUUUCUCGUUUUGUGAUAAGGAACUGACAAAGAUCAAUACAUUUUAUUCUGAAAAAUUGGCCGAAGCGACCCGCAAAUAUGCUGGUUUAAAAAGUGAUCUCACUGAAGCUCAGGAUGUCGAAUAUCCACGAAAGAAAAAUACUAUAAAAAACAAUAUUUUAAGAAAAAAAAACGUACCUGCAAGGAAAAUACAAGAGUUGAAGUUAGCAUUUAGUGAAUUUUAUUUAAGUUUAAUACUGUUGCAAAAUUAUCAGAAUUUAAAUUUUACGGGGUUUAGGAAAAUCCUGAAAAAACAUGAUAAACUGUUAAAUGUUGAUGUAGGGGCGAGAUGGCGAGCCGAACACGUGGAAAACUCGCAUUUUCAUACAAAUAAAGACAUUGAUCGAUUAAUUCGAGAAACUGAGUGCACUGUUACUCAGGAACUCGAAGGGGGCGAUCGGCAAAGAGCUAUGAAAAGGCUCAGAGUUCCGCCUUUGGGGGAACAGCAAAUUCCGUGGACAACGUUCAAAGUGGGGCUGUUUUCUGGGUCUUUUGUGGUUCUCAUGAUUGCAGUGAUUAUAUCGGCCAUAUUCCAUAAACGUCCAGACGACUGGCGCAUCGUCUGUCGCCUUUACCGAGGCCCUUUUCUAAUAAUUGAAUUUUUAUUUCUCUGGGGUAUUAACAUUUACGGAUGGCGGUCUUCUGGGGUUAAUCAUGUAUUGAUAUUUGAAAUGGACCCCAGAAAUCAUCUUUCCGAACAACAUAUUAUAGAAAUGGCUGCUAUUUUUGGUGUUAUAUGGUGUGUUAGUGUCCUUUCCUUUUUGUACAGUACCGAAUUAAGCAUUCCAGCGUACAUUAAUCCAUUUGUUCUUGUACUUUUAAUGUCAGCAUUUUUAUUUAAUCCGACGAAAACGCUCAGACAUGAAGCACGGUUUUGGGCCCUUCGAGUUUUGGUUAAAGUCGUAACGGCUCCAUUUUUCUACGUAACAUUUGCCGAUUUUUGGAUAGCGGAUCAAUUAAACAGUAUUGUAAAUCUUUUCACUGACAUUCAUUACUUUUUUUGUUUCUAUUUAACUAACCCCAGUUGGUCAGUCGGACAAGAUACGAAUUACUGUGUUGAAAAGCAUUUGAUAAUAAGACCUUUUAUGGCUUGUUUGCCGGCUUGGUUCAGAUUUGCACAGUGUUUGAGAAGAUAUAGAGAUACUAAAGAAGCGUUUCCUCAUUUGGCUAAUGCAGCGAAAUAUGCAACAUCAUUCUUUGUCGUAAUCUUUACAGCCCUAAAUACGGCUUAUUCAGAAGGCGAGGCCGGAAUGAUGGAGAGCCCUUUUUUCUAUCUUUGGAUAACGGCGUCGCUGAUAAGUUCUUGCUACGCAUACACUUGGGAUAUAAAAUUGGACUGGGGCCUCUUCGACUCGAAAGCCGGCGAUAACAAGUUCCUUAGGGAGGAAAUUGUUUAUUCUUCCACGUGGUUCUAUUAUUUCGCAAUAGUCGAGGAUUUCAUUUUACGAUUCGGAUGGGCAUUUUCGAUGUCUUUAACCGAAAUGGGUUAUGUUCACGCCGACUUGAUGGUAACGAUUUUAGCGCCCUUGGAAGUUUUUAGGAGAUUCGUCUGGAACUUCUUUCGCCUGGAAAAUGAGCAUCUCAAUAACUGCGGAAAAUUUAGGGCUGUCAGAGAUAUCUCAGUUGCUCCCUUGGAUACUUCUGACCAGAUGUUGAUCGUGAGGAUGAUGGACGAGGAGGAUGGGGUUGUCCACAGGAGAAAGAAAAAGUCAACAGGGAAGAAGAGGGAUGAAGCGCGAUCGGCCGAAGGAGAAUCAACAGAUGACAUGGACAUCUAAUUGCAUUUAAAUCAAAAUCUUUAUUUUUUAAAUAGAAAUGUAUAAGAAUGUUUUAGAAAAUAAUA